AUGGAUAAUGAAAACUAUUCCGUAAAUUCUCCAGAAGAACUUGAAACCUACCUCGGGCACGCCAAUAAUGUUUGGGGAUCCUCUCUCAGUUUGAAAUUAGCCGAUAAAGCAAGGUAA